CCCCGCGAGCACGCGGCAGCCCAGGACGAGGCACCAGCUCCGGGUCCCGCCCUGCGACUGGGGGCUGCGCGCCGAGCCGCCCCGUUGCCCUGGAGACGCGCGCGGUUUGUUUUCAGAGCCCGGACGCUCCCACCGAGCCCCAGGCGCAGCCGGCAGGGGUGCGCGCACGCGCGGUCGCCCACUUCGCCACAGCGCCGCGGCCCGGCCGCUCCCGCCCGGCAGCCCCGCCUCCACGCCGCGGUGGUACGGUCCGGGCCGCUCGACCCCGACGUGCAGCGCCGGCUCCGGACGGGGGCGGCCGGCUGCCGGGGUGAGAGGAGGAGAGGGCGGCGGCCGCCACGCCGCGGGCGUUUCCGGCGAGGAGCGCGCCCAGCGCCCCACUGGGUCGUCUUCCCCAGGCGCCGGGGUCCGUCCGCCCCGCAGGUCCCAUCAGCGACGCCAGCUGCACCCCCUCCCCAGUUCCAUCAGGAAGAUGCCAGACGACGAGGAGAAGGGGCGUCUGAAGGACCCCAGAGAUGCAGGCGGCAGGUCCUCCAGGCCCGGGACGUCGGGGCCUGCCCCGGAAGUCUAGAAGGCAAGAUCAAGGAAACAAUGCAUAAUGCCUUUUGGGACCAUCUUAAUGAGCAGUUAUCAAGUACUCCUCCUGACUUCAGUUGUGCUCUGGAACUUCUGAAAGAAAUUAAAGAGAUAUUGCUAUCCCUGCUGUUACCACGCCAGAGUCGCCUCAGAAGUGAGAUUGAAGAAGCUCUGGAUAUGGACUUCCUCAAGCAGAAAGCUGAGCAUGGCACCCUUAGUGUCCCUCAUCUCUCUAAGCACAUUCUCAACAUGAUGGCUCUGCUGUGUGCGCCAGUUCGAGAUGAAGCUGUGCAGAACCUAGAGAACAUUACAGAUCCUGUUCAAUUACUAAGAGGGAUCCUCCAAGUUCUGGGCCUGAUGAAAAUGGACAUGAUGAAAUAUACUAUACAAAGCCUUCAACCCCACCUGCAGGAACAUUCCAUCCAGCACGAGCGGGCUAAAUUCCAGGAACAACUCAACAAGCAGCCUAAUCUCCUAGAUUAUACCACAAAAUGGUUGAUCAAAGCAGUAGCAGACCUCACCACCUUGCCUUCAACUUGCCCUGACACUCCAGAUACCUCCAGCACAGCUUGCCCUUCUCCAAGUGAGAGUGUCAUCAGUCCAGAGCCUCUUAGCCCCAAAAUGGUGCUGUCCCAGGGCUUCCUAAACCUUCUCCUCUGGAACCCUGAAAAUAAAGAGUUCCCUGAGACCCUACUGAUGGACAGAACUCGUCUGCAGGAGCUAAAUUCCCAGUUGUACCAGUUAACCAUCCUGGCUUCAGUCUUGCUAGUGUCCAGUAGUUUCUCUGGCAGUGUUUUGUUUGGCUCACCUCAUUUUGUAGAUAAACUCAAACGUAUAGCCAAAGCCCAGAUGGAGGACUUUAACUUUAGGCCAGAGGAGGCUAUGCUGACUGUGAGUGAACAGGUGUCUCAGGAAAUCCAUCAAAGCCUCAAGAACAUGGGCCUUGCUGCUCUGAGCAGUGACAACACAAUGUCUCUGGUAGGACAGCUCCAGAACAUUGCCAAGAAGGAAAACUGUGUCCGCAGUGUCAUUGAUCAGCGGAUCCACUUGUUUCUCAAAUGCUGUUUGGUCCUUGGUGUGCAGCGAUCUCUGUUAGACCUCCCUGAGGGCCUUACUCUCAUUGAGGCUGAACUGGCAGAACUGGGUCAGAAGUUUGUCAGCUUAACACAGCACAACCAGCAGGUGUUUGGCCCCUACUACACUGAGAUAAUAAAUACACUUAUCCCCCCGGCCCAGGGACUGGAAACAGAAGUGAAGAUUCACUGGUAGGACCAGCUGUACGCCCUCUAGCAUCAUGAAUUUAGCAAAGAAGCCCCUCAUUUUUCUGGAGUGACAUCACCAGUGACCAGCAAAGCAACAAACCUUCCUCCCUACCUGCAACAAUAUGUCAGCGCUGUAGUGAUCAAGCAUGUAAACACCAACUGGCACCAACUCAUUAAUAAACUUCUAAACUUCAAGCAAA